UCUCCCAGCCUGCUCCGCGCCUCAGCCGAGGGAGGUGGAGCCGCUUUAUCGAGAGCCCAAGUGGAAAUUUCCCCCUCAGUUGCCGGCUCCACCGCGGAGGAGACAUCAGACCGAGCUGCUCGUCCUUGUCGUUGUCGCCCGUCGCCAUGUCCAACUACAUCCACGUCCCGCCCGGCUCCCCGGAGGUGCCUAAGCUGGACAUCACCGUCAGCGAGCGGGAGGGGCCCGGAUGCCGCCAGGGCGCCCUGCAACUGCUGCGCCGCCUGCGGCCCCACUGGAGACCCGAGGAGGUGACGCUGCAGCUGUUUACUGAUGGAAUCACCAAUAAAUUAAUUGGCUGCUACGUGGGUGACAUAACAGAUGAUGUGGUUUUAGUUAGGAUCUAUGGAAACAAGACUGAGCUCUUAGUCGACCGUGAUGAAGAAGUGAAGAGUUUCCGUGUGUUGCAGGCCCAUGGCUGUGCACCUCAACUAUAUUGUACUUUCAACAACGGCUUGUGCUAUGAGUUCAUGCAGGGAGAGGCCCUGGAUCCUGAGCAUGUAUGCAAUCCUGAUAUUUUCAGACUCAUUGCCAGACAGCUUGCUAAAAUCCAUACUAUCCAUGCACACAAUGGAUGGAUCCCUAAAUCUAACCUGUGGUUGAAGAUGGGGAAGUAUUUCUCUCUUAUACCCACAGAGUUUGCAGAUGAGGAACUGAAUAAAAGGUUUUUAAGUGAAAUUCCAAGUCCUCAAGUUCUUCAGGAAGAGAUGGCCUGGAUGAAGGAAAGACUGUCAAAUUUAGGAUCACCAGUGGUACUCUGUCACAAUGACCUGUUGUGUAAGAAUAUUAUUUACAACAAGAAACGAGGUGAUGUGCAGUUCAUAGACUAUGAGUACUCUGGAUACAACUACCUGGCUUAUGACAUUGGCAAUCACUUCAAUGAAUUUGCAGGAGUAAAUGAAGUAGACUACAGCCUUUAUCCCAACAGAAAGUUACAGGAACAGUGGCUGAGAUCUUACCUUGAGGCCUACAAAGAAUAUAAAGGAUUUGGCACAGAAGUCAGUGAAAAAGAAGUUGAAGUUUUAUACGUUCAAGUCAAUCAGUUUGCACUGGCUUCUCACUUCUUUUGGGGAUUGUGGGCUCUAAUUCAAGCCAAAUAUUCCACCAUUGACUUUGAUUUUCUAGGGUAUGCAGUUGUUCGUUUUAACCAGUAUUUCAAAAUGAAGCUGGAGGUCAUGAUGUUAACUCUUCCAGAGUAAAGAAGAGAAGUAAACUUACCAAGUGGAUAGACAAACCCUGAAUCUUUUCUGAAUGGAUACUGGAAAAAAGCUAAACAUUUGUUGAAGUUCUGUAAUGCUCACUUGGUGGUUCUUGCUUUAUAAAUAACGCCUCUAAACAGUCCUUCAAUGUUAAAUUUAAUAUGAAGAACAUACAUACUGCUGUUGAUAUAAAAUGGAUUAGAAACUUGCUAAAUCUAAAAAAAGUUGUAGAAAUGGCAAUUUAAUCCUUUUUUGUAAUUUUAACAUGUUGUAUGUGAAUUAUUUAUUUUAAGUUUAACACGAUUCCAUUGCUGCUUUCAUCAGUUUUUGUUAGUUGGGUGCAGACAGUGAAGUUUUUCCAAAGGAUUUGUUUAACAACUUGUUUUAUUGAGCUGCAUUAACUUAUAUUACGGAUCUACACAGUCAGAGGAUAUCAACCUUUUAGAUCUGUACAGGCAAAAAGUGAGAUACUGGUCACAGGUAUGUAGUAACUAGAGGAAAAGGUUAGGGUGAUUUUUUUUUUUUUUUAAAUUUUAUAAAGGAAAAGGUAGCUCUCCUUACUAUGGUACUUAUCUUUUGUAUAAGGAUCAGCCUUCUUGCUAAAAUGAUAAGUAACAUUUUGACUUUCCUUUCUGUGUGUUAAGCUUUAGAAAUGUGAAUGUUCUGUGGCCAUCAAAUUCUUUUAGACUCCAUACCAUCACAGUGUUAGAUGGAAGUAUACCAUCUCUAACUUCUGUGGGAAAGCUGCUUGUUUUUUAAGCGUACUUCUUAAACAAAAGACCACUGUUCCAAAAUUUGUAUUACUUUUUGAAACUUGAUUCAAAAUUUGAACACUAUUCCAGUCUCUGAUGUGCUUCAGCAGUAUCUGAUGGAAUGGACUAUUGAACUGCAAAUUAGUGAGCAGAGAUCCUGUUGCACUGGGGAGCAAGACACUUAGGUUUACAGUUUAUGUUGUAUAUUGUCUUCUGCUUUGUCAUCAUUUAACCUUGGAUUCUAGUCUUAAAUGCUUGGUCCUGUAGUUGCAGAUUCUGUAAGUCUGUUUUCUUUAUGUGGCAGCAAAUUACUUUUCAAAGUCUCCAGUUUGAAGGAUAACGUGAAAAGGUAUGACUUGAACAAUGGGACUUUGAUUGUCACACACAGCUUUUUAAAGCUAUUAUACCAAGAAUGGUCUGGAUUACAAAAUGUGAAUUGAAAAUGUUUACUUAAGAAAACCAUAUGUAAGCGUAAGUGGAAAAGAGGCUUUAAAACUCUUUUAGAAGAGGUAGGGAGAAACAACAAAAAAUAAAAACAACAAGGCAAUUUGGAGUUGGGCAGGCAUGUACUCAGCUCUUGGGUAUACUCUGAAAAACUUUGCACUUUGGUCACUUAAGUGCCCACAUGUACAAAGUCUGUGUGUGCAUAUACACAUGCAGUCACAAACUUAACUGAAGAGUAAAUAUUAUGGGGAGCUUUUUGUAGAGACUCCAGCAAAGAUGUUUAUUCUAAAUUGCUUUGUGACAUACUGUUGUGUGUGUGUGUAUAUACAUAUAAAUAACAUAUACAUACAUGUGUGCUUUAAAGCUGUUUUGAUUCUUUCAAGACAAAGAAGGUUUCAUAGUUUCAUAGUUUUGUGCGGGUUGGAAGGGACCUUAGAGAUCAUCGAGUCCAGCCCCUGGGAUUCGAGCCUCUGUGUAGCAGAGCGGCACUUCUACCACUUGCGCCACAGGGGGGAUUCGAACUCCGGGCCCCAGUGUUGCAAGGCGGCGUCUUUAACCACUGCGCCACAGAAUGAAGAAUUUUCACCUUGAACAACCGUUUAGAAUGGCAUUCUAUUUUUUUUUUUUUUAGGUUUUUUUUUGUUUUGUUUUUUACAAAAGCAAGGGUUGGGUUUUUCCCUCUUGUUUAUAUUCAUCUCUGAAAGUUUUCUGUUUUUUGUUUUGUUUUUUAAAUUAUUUAGUCAAAACCUGAACUGUAAUGCAAUGGGAAAACUGGGCUUUUUUUUUUUAAUUUCUUUUUUUUUUCUUUUUUCCUGUAACUUGAACUUGGAUAACCCUUUUUGUUACCAUUUGCUAGCUGGAGGCUGAUAUACUGGACAAACUAUCUUGGUAGUUAAAUAGAAAUAAAUAGCUGAAAUUGACAUUUAUAUUUUCUUUUGUAGCAGAUAUAGAGGAUGUUGCUAGAGCUCAUGAAAGCACUGAAGACUCUCGUUUUCUCUACUUUCCCCCUGUAGGCAUGAUUGACAUAUAUUGAGUAAUAGCCUGCUGUCUUUGUAGUCCCUUCAAGUAUGGCAUGAUCUCUUUGCAAGUAAGGUUGAUAAAGAUUUUAGAACUUGUUUUUUUUUUAUUAUUUUUUUAAAUUUUCUUAAAAUGGUGUCUUUAUUUCUGGCAGUGUUGCUUUGUUUUUAACAUGUGUAAGAGUCUGUGAAAUUCAGUUGGUCUUGGGAAAUCCAGCACUUGAUAGAUCCUAUCUAGCGUUCCCAACAGCUUGCAACCCACAUUCCCUUUUCAAGUACCAGUUCUAUUUAAGUUUGGAGUUAGUGUAACUUUUUUUUCAGUAGUAUUUUGUUUAUAUAGUUCAAGUAGCAAUAACUGUAGGAGGGGAAACUUGGAAACUCACUUCUGCAGAACCAAAGCUCUUUGUGAAUGCAGCUCAAUCUCAUUCUUAUGGAGUUAAUUUCCACUGAAUCUCCCAUAAAAGCACUUUCAAGCAGAUAGUAAAUACUGCAAGCUUUUUCUGAGCCACUUUGAAGAAGCACAAAGAUUAUCACAGGUUAUAGUGGUCAACUUUGCAGUACUGAUAGAGGCUUUUAUUUUGUAUGUUGAAGUUCAUUUUACACACUUUAAUACUGCUUUGCAUCAGCUUUCUUUCAAGACAAGUACAGAAUAAAACAAUUCCUGAUCAAAAGGUUUGGAGAAAAUACUGUAAACUUUUCCCAAAUGAAAUGCCAGUUACCUUGAUUCUUGUACCACAUCACAUAUAGCCAGUAGCACUCAGAUAUUCUCAUUUGCAACAGAAUAUCUACAGAUGUAUUAAGUUUGAAGCAGUAGUUUUUUCAAUAGCAUUGCAAAUUUUAAGGUAGCUUGAAACUGUGAAUACAGGACAUUCUGAAUGUAAGUUAGGUACUAAAGCACCAAACUAGAGAAUGUGUACUUGUUCUGAUAAGUUUCUCUCAGUCUCUUAAUAGCAACUUUGAAGGUAUUUGAAGGAGGGCAAAAAAGACUGAGCUCUAGAAACAUCCUGUAGUAGUUUUGACUGUGACUUGCCAAGGAGAUACUCUGUUGCCUUUAUGUUAAGCUAAGGGCAUAAAUGCCAAAAUUAAUAAUUCUUACUGUAGUUAAACUUGUAAAUAUAAAGAGGAUUAUUAAUAGUGGCAUUCUUGCAUAAAUAGCAUCAAGUCAAUAGACCAUAGUGGCCUGGUUGCUUUUGUAAAGCAGAAUAGUGUGAAUUUUUUUCUUCUCAUUUCUGCAGUCAGAUCUGGCUAAUCAGUGCUUAAUUUUUUCAAGUCGUUUAAGCAUUACAGAUUUCUGAGCAACUGAUCUGUUCUUACAUAAUUUUAAAUUCAUUUGUCUUGAUUUGCAUUUUAAAAGUAAUUACCAAAUUUGUAUUAACCAGAUCUGACUGUAUAUGUAUAUAAAACAGUGUAAAUAACCAUUUGUAAAUUAGUGUGAAUUGUAUUGUACCUUGCUUUUAUCGACUUGUGUAUUGCAUUGUAUCCUCUCCUAUUUUGUAGAAAUUUUGAUGUAAAGAAGAAAUCUAACUCUGUGUGCUGACUUCUUUUGUUAAAUUUACUGGUAACAAAGCAUAGUAGUUACGUUCAGGUAUCCAUUGAUAGCCUUGGACACCCUGUGUCUUUUUUCCCUGCUACCAUUUUUAAACAUCUUGCUCUUAGGAAUGAUUCUGGGGAAAUAAAAAAAAAAUAAGAAAUUCAUACAAUGCUAAGGUGACGAGAAAGUCUAUUCUGAUAGGGCAAAUGAUACCUGUAAGUACCUGUGGUAUAGGGAAGGCUGUUUAAAUUAAAAAACAAACAAAACAAAACUCCUAUACAUUCUUGAAUGCUGGUGACUUCUAAACCAUAAGCAUGUUGAACUGAAGUACUCUUUAAGUGUGCGCUCCCGUGGUGACAGCAAUUGAGUUAGUUGUGGUAGAAGUCUCCGAAUUUAAAUGUUUUUGGUGGAUAUAGACUUAAAAUAGGAUUAGUUGCUAACUUGUAAAUGCUUAUAAUAACCCCCUCACCCUCAGAUCACUCAGAUAGUUCUGCCAGUCAUUUUCGACCACACUAGAGUUAUGGGUAGUUUCUUUAGAGUAUCUGAGGCUUAUUGUGAGGAGGUAUUUUUCCUGUGUGCAUUGCUCUCCCUCCGCAACCCCCAUACCCUAGUUCAUUAGGGGAAAUGUGGUUAUAAAAGCUUCCUUUCCAUGCUUUUUUAUUUUUUUUUGACUGAAAUUUUCUGAUUUAUUAGUAUAUGACUCCUCAUCAGAAUUAUUUUGUAUAAAGUCCCUUUCUGAAGAGGCCUUUGACCUUGGAAGUGAAGCAUAGACGGUUGUUGUCCCCCAAAUGGCCAACUGUAUUUCAUUACUGUUGCCUUUCAAUACCAGUUUUGAAUUGCAUUAUGUCCUUCAAACUGUUGGUAUAUUCUUGUCUCUGCUAUGUUUCUGCUGGAAAACGCUGGUGUGUGAAUCUCGUUGUCCAUCAGACAAAUUGAUCUAGAUACAGUUGUCACAUGCUGUCAACUCUACCUGCCCUGAAUGAAAGGUACACAUGCUUAACAGUGUUGACACUUUAGUUACUGAGAGUCCUGGGAAGCAAGCUGGUCAUAGAAGUGUUCUUCAAGAGGUGGGUUGGGCUCAAUAAGUAAAGGUCAAAGGAAAUCCAAAUGGAAAUGAGAACUUCUAACUUUCAACAUAGCAAGUUAUUGAAUAUGCCUAUCACACAGUUUAAGGACAAGAGCAAAUGGUUAAAGUUUAUUUCAAGGUUAAGUUCAAAUUUAUUUUAAAACAUUUGCUAGCUGGAAAAGGCUUACACAAUUAUUUUUAACUCCUGCCAAAAGGAAUUGUAAGGUAACUGCUUUUCUAAUUGUAACUUCUCUGUAGCCCACAGUAAUAUAAUUUCUUGCUCAGGGUAAUUCUCCCUGUAGCUAAUAGAAGAGGUUGACCUCAUCCUAUCUGUUUUGCUUUGAGUUAGCUAUUUGUUCUUUAUAGAUAUUAAUGUUUAGGGUUUUUUUAAGUUUGUUUUUUUUUUUUUUUUCCUAUUUUGCAUUAUCAAACAUGUAUUCACAGAUGCAUGUGAACAUGUAGGCUACAUGCUGAAUAUUUUCAUUAGAUUUAAGAGAGAUGAAAAGCUGUAACCUUUGGUCUUGCGCAAUAUAGGUCUUCUGUUAGCCAACCACAUAACUUAAAGGAAUUCAUGGCAGUGAGAAGCCACACUAAUGUAGGUGGGAUAUUUCAGAAGAACUUUUGUGGCCUUUAGACCUCCAGACUGGAAAGGAAAAUAUGCAGAUUGUUUGCAUGUGCCAGCUGUAUGGAGGUGCUUUAAGUGAUGUGGUGAGAUGCUGGCUGAUUUUUCUUUUGAAGUGACUUUUCCAUGUGAUCUACCUAUGCAGUUUAAAUUUUAAUUAACAGCCCUCCCCCCACCCAAAAAAAGGAAACAUGAUGCUCAAGGACCUUGGGGAAACGUGGUGCUGGUUAAGUCAUGUCAGCAUUUAGAAAGUGCAUUACUUGAAAACCUUAUCGACAUUUAAAAAUAAGUGAUGAAAUAACUUCAGGUACUGCACCUGCCUUAUGUUCUGUGAUAUUGCAACUGUGUUGUUGGUUUUUUUUUUCCACGAUGUAGUAUCUUUUUUUUUCUCCACAUAGUAGAGAUUCAUGCAAAAUACAAGGUGAAGGAGACCCACAGUAGAGAGAAGCAUUAAGAACUGUUGCAUACAAUCCCAUAAAAUGCAGAGUAGGUUGGGGAAAAAAGUUUCCUGGCUUUUGGUGGUAGUAACUGUCAACUGUUAUCAAAAAAUAAAGAGUAGGCGUCGAGUCUUAAGUGUGUGACAGACCUUUUAUUUCUUUUUCUUUAAUAGGUAGAAAUGUUCUUAACAUUUUGUAUCUCAAGUACAAUCUGUGGUAGUCAGUAACGCUGCUUUGUACACAAGUGCUUUGAAUAGUCUCAGCACCAAGAAUGUAUCCAAUCUUUAAUAUAACUUAGUUAGAUUCUUUAGUUCUGUCUCAAGCAUCUUAAUCCAGCUGUCUAAAACCCUUUAAUUACUUGCAGAAACAGGGCCAUAGCAUAAGUAGGGGUAUGUUCCUCUUUGUGUCUUUUCUUUUUUAACUGAAUAUUUGCCAGUGUUCUUUUUAACAUGAGUCCAUUUAUGUGCUGUGAAUAAGUUAAAUUUAAGAAGCGACCUUUAUCUUCUGGCAUUGUCAUCCCUCCCCCAAAAGUCCCCAUUACCCUUUUUGUAUGUUGUGGAGUUUAGGUGCAUCAUUUAUCCAUUGGAGUGAACUGUAUUUCUUUUGAACUAAAUGUUAUUGAAGCUCUAUUAUAAGGCCUUCUACCACUGAUUAAAUGAAGUAAUGUACCUUUGAAAGAGAUUUAUAUUGUGUAAAUAAUUUCAAACUGCAACAAUAAAGUUUGUUUCUAACUGCA